AUGGAAGAGAACAUCGAAGUGACCAAUGUAUAUUAUCAGCCUGAAACGACACAGGCAGACAAGGUAGCUAUUCUGUCAGAGAUCAUCGAGGAGUUUCAUUUGAAGGACAACCCGGAACAGGAGAUGAGCUUCAGGAUUAUUGGCGAACAUUUCAUUCAAGACAACGUCGAACAAUUAUUGAUGUUCAUCACGGGGAUAGGCGGAUCUGGCAAAAGUCAUGUGAUUCAUGCAGUAGUCGAACUGUUCAAGAGAUGUGGUGCACCUGAAAAGUUGGUGCUGAGUGCACCAACCGGGAGUGCGGCCGUACUCAUCAAUGGAUAUACAAUCCAUGCUUUGACUUUUUUGCCGAAG